CGCCCAGCUCUGCCGAGGGGGAAGUGGCGGAGGUGUGGGGGGAGCCGCCUCGACGGGAAGGGCGGCCCGGGAGAUCGCCCGACGCCGGCCCUCGAGCCGGGUGGGGGAAGCGGGAGCCCACGUCGGGGCCGCCGGAGUCUGGCGCUGGGGCGUCCCGGGCCGGCCUCCGCCUGCCCCGCCCCUGGAGGAAGUGGCCGCCCGCGGAAGGCAGGCAGGCAGGCAGGGCGCUCGCGCCGCCUCGGUGCCCCCCCCCCCCCCGGUCAGAGGGAGGGAGAGCGAGGAGGAAGGGGCCCCGCCGCUGCUGCUGCUGCUGCCGCCCUCCUCCCCGGCCCUGCUGGUUCACUGGCCAAGGGGGGGGGGCGCGAAGGCCCGGGGCUCGUGGGGGGGGAUGCCCAGGUGUGUCCUCCGCCGGCCUCAGCUGCUCUUGGCCCCGCAGGUGGCGAGCGGCGGCCGCGGCGAAGGCGAGGGCAUGGAGGACGAGGUCUUCGCCGGCCCGGAAGGGGGAGACGAGGAAGCGUCGCCGGGGGGCCCGUCCACCGUGCCCCCCUUCCGGCCCUGCCUGGUGGAGGAGCUGUACCUGCUGCUGGAGCAGCUGGGCAGCGGGCACUUCGGGGUGGUGCGGCGCUGCCAGGAGCGGAGCUCGGGCGUCUUCUACGCGGCCAAGUGCGUGAAGGUGCGCAAGCGCAAGGGCAGCCGGCUGGGCGUGGACCGGGAGCAGGUGGAGCGCGAGGUGUCGAUCCUCCAGCGGCUGGAGCACCCCUGCAUCAUGCGCCUCCACGACACCUUCACCAGCAAGACCGAGGUGGUGCUGAUCUUGGAGCUCAUCCACGGGGGAGAGCUGUUCGACUUCAUUGCUGAGAAGGAGCUGCUGACGGAGGCCGAGGCCAUUGAGUUUCUCCAGCAGAUCCUCCAGGGCGUGGCCUACAUGCACUCCGCCCGCAUCGCCCACUUCGACCUGAAGCCAGAAAACAUCAUGCUGUUUCAGAAGGACGUCCCAAACCCCAGGAUCAAGAUAAUUGACUUUGGCUUGGCUCAAAAGCUGGAGGAAGGAGCCACCUUCAAAAGCCUUUGCGGGACUCCACAGUACAUUGCUCCUGAAGUGAUCAACUAUGAGGCUUUGAGCUGUGCCACGGACAUGUGGAGCAUUGGGGUGAUUACAUACAUCUUCCGCAUUGGUUUAGAACAGAAAAAUCAGGGCCCAGAACCUCCCUCGGCCUGCCUGGACAACUCUGGCCUCGUCCCGCCGACUAGCUCCUUCUCUCCCCGCAGACUGAGUGGCAUGUCUCCGUUCCAGGGGGAGACGGACUCCGAGACUCUUUCCAACAUCGUCUCCGGCUCCUAUGAGUUCGAGGACAAGUAUUUCAGCCAAACCUCUGAGCUGGCAAAGGAGUUUAUUCGGCAGCUGCUGGUGAAAGAGCCGGGGAGCCGCAUGACUGCGCCUGAAUGCCUCGUCCACCCGUGGAUCAAGCCCCUCAGCCGGAAGCAGGCAGUCAACCGGAGCCGUUCCUCGAUCAACAUGAAGAACUUCCGCCGGUUCAACGCUCGGAGGAAGUGGAAGCUCUCCUACAACAUGGUCUCCGCGUGCAACCGGCUGUGUCGCUUGAAGCUGCUGUGCUACCAGAAGAAGGAGGACGAGAGCCUGCGCGAUUGCGAGAGUGACCAAGAAGACAGCCCCCGCAGCCCUCCGGCUUUGCUGCGCAGGCAGAGAAGCAGCUGCUCUUGACUUUGGGCCGGCCAGCAUUCGUCCCGGGCAUGUCCUGCACCGGCCCCUCCCCCACUCCCCUUGCUUACCACCCAUCCAGCCGCAGGGAGGAUUUGCACUCGCAGCCACAGAGAAGAGUCCCUCCGGCUACAGGCGUUUCUCAUCUGGAGGAGACAAGCUGCUUGCGAGUCCCGGUGGCAGGAGGGCCUGGGGCGGAGCUGCCGUGCUGCAGACAUUCCUGCCUCCUGGGGGGGCCCGGGCAGGCCUCGGCCGUGUGUGUCAGGGGGGCUUCCAGCCCCAGGCGUCUCGCUGCCCUUGCCCCGUGCGGCCUCUGGGGCUGGCGCUUCAGGCCCCCUCCUGGCCCCUCCCCACCGCGGGAGGCCACUGUGGCUACCAGAAAAGCUCCGGGGACUUCAGAAGAGAAAGGAUCAGGUGCUUCCUGCGUGUGUUCACUUUUGUAAAACCAAAGCAAUAAAGCGCACAAAAUGUGG